UGUUUUAUAUUGCAGUAUAAGAGAAUGUGAAUAUUAUAUUCUUAAAACAAUGUUCACGAAAUAUAUGAUUAUUAGUUCUUGGUUUGGCCGUUGGUACCUGGUGGCGCUGAGAUCUUGGAUCGCACAAUGGCUGCCCAUUAGCAGUCCACAGGUAUAUAUAGUCAAAGAUUUGGACAAAAUGACGUAGCAGAGCGAUCGCCGAUGCUUGUUUGGCUUCUAUUGGCCAUUGUUUUAGCUGUCGCGAGCAGUCGUGAGCGGUUGUGACGGCGAUUACACCAAGUAGUUGUCAAUUAUACACGGUUGACACAUGACUGUGUAUGCGGCAAACGAAACAUGAUAGAAUAGCCGAGAAAGAUGUGGAAUUCCCGGAACGUUUACAAUGUACUGUGUGUUUUGAUCUCUGCAGCCUGCGCGCACGAUUUUCGGCAUUUUGACGACACGGUUAUAUUCAAAAUAAAUUGGCCUGGAAAGAGCAAUACGGAAUUAUUAGAGCCCCAUUCAAAUGUGGAACCAUAUUUCAUAACAACAGCGAAUAACGAGCGAUACAAGUGCUUAAUUCCGGACGGCACGGAACAGGAGGACGAAUACAACGAAUCGUAUAACGGGCCGAAUCCGAUACAGCUUUUGGAGCCGAUAUUUGCUCAAAACAGUUGCUCCUACAGGUUGGAAACAUAUUGGACUUAUGAACUGUGCCAUGGCAAAUACGUACGCCAGUACCAUGAAGACAGGGAGGGAAAGAAGAUCAAGAUGCAGGAGUAUUACCUUGGAAUGUUGGAUAAGGCGCAAAAGCUGAAACUCUCUGCUUACUACGACGAGCAAGCGAAGAACCCUAACAGGAAGAUACAAAUACCGAUCAAAAGAAUCGAGGGUAUUAGUAUGCCAUAUGUUGAAAUUGAGAUGACCGACGGUACAAUGUGCGAUUUGUACAACAAGCCGAGGCUCAUCAAGGUACUAUAUGUCUGUUACAAACAUGGUAAACAUGACAUAUACUCGCUCAAGGAGACAGUGACAUGCGAGUACGAAGCAAUAGUGUUAUCGCCGAUAUUGUGCGAUCAUCCGGAUUAUAAACCGCCGGACACGGGAGAAAACGCGAUCACCUGCCAGCCUGUCAGUAACGCACCAAAGAAACCGAGGUCUCUCAUCGCGAUGGAAGUAGAGAGUUUGAAAAUGCGACAGUCGAGGGUAAACCUGCAAAAAGAUGACAAGCAGAAGAAAGUGUAUGCAAUCAUCCAUGUAGAUAAGGAGGGCCAGGAUGGCGAGGCAAGAGUGAGGGUCGAGAUACAUCCACUGGAUGUUUCGGACAAGCACGGCAAUAUUGAUGAAUCCGUGAACGUCAUCACUGAUCAGACUGUUAGCCCUGCCGAAGUUAAUCCCAUACAGAAUUUCCUUAGCGGAAAGAAUUGCCUGCAUGGGGGCAAUGGCUGGUGGAAGUACGAGUUUUGUUACGGACGUUCUGUCGUUCAAUACCACGUAGAGAAGGACGGUACGAAAACGAUUGUUAAUCUUGGUAGAUUCGACAAACAGAAGCAUUUGGAGUGGCUUGCCGCGCAUCCAAACAAGAGACCUAAAUUAGAUGAGAAGAAACAACUAUCGCAUUUUUACGGUUACGGGAGCAGUUGCGAGCAAACUGGAACGUUUCGGCAGACUGAGGUAAAACUGAAAUGUGUGGACAGACAGAUUGCCGGCCCAUCUAGUGUAUCAUUAUUUUUAUUAGAACCAAAACUCUGUGAAUACGUUUUGGGAGUUGAAUCACCGUUGAUCUGUGAUAUUUUAGAAUAUGCCGACGAGAAUGGACUCCUGAGUGAAAAGUUUGAAGCAAAUUUUGAUAAAUUAAAAUCUGUAUCUUUGCACGCGGGGCAGGACAAUUUAGAUGAACGAAUAGCUAAUGGAGACGAUUAAAAGCAAUUAAUUUGUUUCCUGGAUAUCGAUCUAAAAAUUAUUCAAAAACUAUUGUGUUUGUUAAAUAUCGUAAUUAUAAAAAUCAUAGUUUAUUGGGUAUAAAAAUUACAGUCUGUAUAAAAGCAUCGAUAUAUGUGAACGAGUGUUUGAAAAUAUAAGUAGAUUAUAUCUUUGCGUUCGACCGAUCAA